CUUUAACCACAAGGCUACCCGACCGCCCCAUAUAAUAUACAUGUAUCAGGUGACUAACCACGGGUCUGGGUAGUCAUGUGGGUACCCGAGUCCUACUCAGGACCUGCUCGACCCGAGUAUCCCAUCCCAGCUCUAGUGUCAUUGCAGCCUAAUGGCAUGGAUGGUAGCACAUAACUUCAGUCUCUGGUUUGUCUGGACCAGACUCAAUCAUUUACCACGUCCCCAUCAUUUUGUGGGAAUAUUUCUGGAUGUGGCAUGAAGCAGUAAACAUAGACCUGGAGACAGUCAGAGCUUCAGAUUGAAAAAAUAAUAAUCUAGAAAUGCAUACAAAAGCAAGUCUAGCCUGCUCAAGCCAGCUCUGCAUAGGGAAUUUUUUUAUUUUUAGAGUCAAGAAGGAUAUUGUGUAAUAUAAGAUUUCAGAGACUAAAUGUUAGUCUAUACCGGGCCACAUGUAGUCUGAAGCACUGCAUAAUAACCUUUAAGGUGUUUUGUAUAGAAUUAUCUGUGGUUCCUUUCCACGCACCGCAUGUGACUAACAUUGUUGUUUUGUAUGUGCAUGAAUGUAUCGGUCCUAAUAACAGAGUUAAUAACGAUUUUCUGUAUAUGUUUGUAUCUAUCAAUGCAUACCUGGUGACCUCAGAUUCAAACAAUGCAUACCUGGUGACCUCAGAUUCAAACAAUGCAUACCUGUUCAGUCAAUGCAUACCUGUUCAGUCAAUGCAUACCUGGUGACCAGGGAUUCAAUCAAAGCAUACCUUGUGACCAGGGAUUCAAUCAAUGCAUACCUGGCGAUCAGGGAUUCAAUCAAUGCAUACCUCGUGACCAGGGAUUCAAUCAAUGCAUACCUGAUAACCAGGGAUUCAAUCAAUGCAUACCUGGUGACCAGGGAUUCAAUCAAUGCAUACCUGAUAACCAGGGAUUCAAUCAAUGCAUACCUGGUGACCAGGGAUGCAAUCAAUGCAUACCUGAUAACCAGGGAUUCAAUCAAUGCACUCAUGGUAACCAGGGAUUCAAUCAAUGCAUACCUGGUGACCAGGGAUUCAAUCAAUGCAUACUUGAUGACCAGGGAUUCAAUCACAGUAUACCUGUUGACCAGGGAUUCAAUCAAUGCAUACCUGAUAACCAGGGAUUCAAUCAAUGCACUCAUGGUAACCAGGGAUUCAAUCAAUAUACUCAUGGUAACCCAGGAUUCAAUCAAACCAUACCUGGUAACCCAGGAUUCAAUCAAUGCAUACCUGGUGACCAGGGAUUCAAUCAAUGCAUACUUGGUGACCAGGGAUUCAAUCACAGUAUACCUGUUGACCAGGGAUUCAAUCAAUGCAUACCUUGUGACCAGGGAUUCAAUCAAUGCAUACUUGGUGACCAGGGAUUCAAUCACAGUAUACCUGGUGAUCAGGGAUUCAAUCAAUGCAUACCUGGUGACCAGGGAUUCAAUCAAUGCAUACCUGGUGACCAGGGAUUCAAUCAAUGCAUACCUGAUAACCAGGUAUUCAAUCAAUGCAUACCUGAUAACCAGGGAUUCAAUCAAUGCACUCAUGGUAACCAGGGAUUCAAUCAAUGCACUCAGGGUAACCAGGGAUUCAAUCAAAGCAUAUCUGGUAACCCAGGAUUCAAUCAAAGCAUACCUGGUGACCAGGGAUUCAAUCAAUGCAUACCUUGUGACAAGGGAUUCAAUCAAUGCAUACUUGGUGACCAGGGAUUCAAUCACAGUAUACCUGGUGAUCAGGGAUUCAAUCAAUGCAUACCUGGUGACCAGGGAUUCAAUCAACGCAUACCUUGUGACCAGGGAUUCAAUCAAUGCAUACCUGGUGACCAGGGAUUCAAUCAAUGCAUACCUUGUGACCAGGGAUUCAAUCAAUGCAUACUUGGUGACCAGGGAUUCAAUCACAGUAUACCUGGUGAUCAGGGAUUCAAUCAAUGCAUACCUGGUGACCAGGGAUUCAAUCAACGCAUACCUUGUGACCAGGGAUUCAAUCAAUGCAUACCUGGUGACCAGGGAUUCAAUCAAUGCAUACCAUGUGACCACGGAUUCAAUCAAUGCAUACCUUGUGACCAGGGACUCAAUCAAUGCAUACUUGGUGACCAGGGAUUCAAUCACAGUAUAUCUGGUGACCAGGGCUUCAAUCAAUGCAUACCUGGUAACCAGGGAUUCAAUCAAUGCAUACCUGGUGACCAGGGAUUCAAUCAAUGCAUACCAUGUGACCAGGGAUUCAAUGAAUGCAUACUUGGUGACCAGGGAUUCAAUGAAUGCAUACUUGGUGACCAGGGAUUCAAUCACAGUAUACCUUGUGACCAGGGUUUCAAUCAAUGCACUCAUGGUAACCAGGGAUUCAAUCAAAGCAUAUCUGGUAAUCCAGGAUUCAAUCAAAGCAUACCUUGUGACCAGAGAUUCAAUCAAUGCAUACCUGGUGACCAGGGAUUCAAUCAAUGCAUACCUUGUGACCAGGGAUUCAAUCAAUGCAUACUUGGUGACCAGGGAUUCAAUCACAGUAUACCUGGUGAUCAGGGAUUCAAUCAAUGCAUACCUGGUGACCAGGGAUUCAAUCAACGCAUACCUUGUGACCAGGGAUUCAAUCAAUGCAUACCUGGUGACCAGGGAUUCAAUCAAUGCAUACCAUGUGACCAGGGAUUCAAUCAAUGCAUACUUGGUGACCAGGGAUUCAAUCACAGUAUACCUGGUGACCAGGGCUUCAAUCAAUGCAUACCUGGUAACCAGGGAUUCAAUCAAUGCAUACCUGGUGACCAGGGAUUCAAUCAAUGCAUACCAUGUGACCAGGGAUUCAAUGAAUGCAUACUUGGUGACCAGGGAUUCAAUGAAUGCAUACUUGGUGACCAGGGAUUCAAUCACAGUAUACCUUGUGACCAGGGUUUCAAUCAAUGCACUCAUGGUAACCAGGGAUUCAAUCAAAGCAUAUCUGGUAAUCCAGGAUUCAAUCAAAGCAUACCUUGUGACCAGAGAUUCAAUCAAUGCAUACCUGGUGACCAGGGAUUCAAUCAAUGCAUACCUGAUGACCAGGGAUUCAAUCAAUGAG